GGAAGAGGUUGCAUAGAGAGGUUGCAGAGUCUCUGUCCUUGGACAAUGUUGAAAGCCAAGAGGACAUGGUCCUGAGCAACCUGCUGUAGGUGAUGCUGCUUUGAGCAGGGGAGUCAGACAAAUGGUCUCCAGAGGUGCCUUACAACCCCAGCUGUUCUGUGACUUUGUGACUAGAUAAGACCUGACCUGGGGCCUGGAGAGAUCCAUCGAUGAAAGGGCUGGGAAUAACAUAAGAUGCCUUCCACAGACCUUCCCUAGUAUUGGCAUCUUAUGAGUCUAUCCAGGGUGCUGCAGUGCUUGGAAGGAUGUAGGGAGGGGAGAGUGGUCGGGACUACAUAGACCUGACAUUUGUUGCAGCCAACUUGGUAGAAACUGCAGUAAACGCUACACUUAGUGGCUGUAUGGAUAAAGGUGACAUUUUGUAAAUGCGUGAACAUGUCUUCUGUAAGGGACAGUCAGCUGCCAUUGAGUACAGGGACAAGGGGAACCUGUCAAGAAACGAGGGACACCUGAAUUUGGCAAAGUCAUUCAAUGAAGUAUCUGAUGUAAGAGGGAGUAUUCUCUAAUGAAUGACUAAAUUAAUUGGUCUAAAGAGUGUGUGUUCAAAGGAGCAUUCAGAACUGAAGUCUUGGGGUGGGAGGAGACAGUGAUGUGAAACUCAGCUCAGUUAUCAUGGCAGCUACCCAAACAGCAUGAGCACUGGGAAUUCUAAGCAAAGGAGAAAACAAAACUAACCGUUUUCCUGUCGUAGUAGAAAGCUUAAUGUGUAGCGAUAAUGGGUUUCGAUUCCCUCUUCCUUUUUGAGUGUUGGUGCUUUUUUUCCUCAUCAAUUUCAAACUAGACGGGUUAUUCACAGCACAGCUGCCUGAUCUCUGUAUCAGCCACUGUAAUAGCUGAAGGUAUGAUGUCACAUCCUCCCCAGUCUGUUUGCUAUCUCCAUGUGUUCAGACUACAUCUCUAUUUCUUUUCAGAAAAAGGAAGUGCAAGAACAUGGAGUUGUAGGUGCUCUCAGAGACACUAACCUCUUGAAAACCUCCAGCUGAGCAGUCACUUCUGUGGUGUCUUGAAAGCAGGAACAGAUCACGACUGUCUUGGGAGAGCAGGCUCUGGCUGGAGCAAGACUGUCCAGCAUGUCCAACUGCCUGCCAAAACUGACCACAGUGCUGCUCAGCCACAGGCUCGGGGCUCUGUCUAUCCUCACUGUUUCCUUUUUGUUCUUUGCUUCUGUCAUGUUCUACUGGAGAACUGGAGAGGACGCUGAGAGCCAGCUCUACAGCUUGCCUACACAAAGCAGGUGUGAACUGGUUUUGCCUUCCCUUCCCCAUCCUACUGCCAGUGGGCCCCCUCCUUCCCCAGGGAAUGUGUUUUUUGUGGAGACAUCGGAGCGAACUGACCCAAGUUACCUGUUCAUGUGCUCUGUGGAGUCAGCAGCGAGGACGCACCCUGGGACAAGGGUCGUGGUGCUCAUGAAGGGCUUGGCAAACAGGAACGCCUCGUUACCCAAACACUGGGGCUUCUCGUUGCUGAGCUGCUUCCCCAAUGUGGAAAUCCAGCCCCUGGACUUGACAGAGCUUUUCUCUGGAACACCUCUGGCAAAGUGGUACUUGCAGGCUCAGCAGCGCUGGGAGCCUUAUUUCUUACCUGUCCUGUCCGAUGCCUGCAGAAUUGCCAUCAUGUGGAAAUUUGGUGGCAUCUACCUGGACACAGACUUCAUUGUGCUUAAGAACUUGAAGAACCUCACCAAUGCCCUUGGUAUUCAGUCUCAAGAUGUGCUGAAUGGGGCUUUUCUGUCCUUUAAACCCAAGCAUGGGUACAUAGAGCUUUGCAUGCAGGACUUCGUAGACAAUUACAAUGGCUGGAUCUGGGCGCACCAGGGGCCAGGUCUCCUAACACGUGUGUUUAAGAAGUGGUGCUCCAUCAGUAAUAUCCAGAGCACUAUGAGCUGUAAAGGUGUGAGUGCUCUUCCCUCAGAAGCCUUUUAUCCCAUUCCCUGGCAGGACUGGAAGAAGUUAUUUGAAGCCAUCAGCCCCUCAGUGCUUCACAAGCUCCUUGAAAACACCUAUGCAGUGCAUGUAUGGAAUAAACUGAGCCAUGGGACAAGGUUAGAGAUCACAUCCCAGGCUUUGCUGGCUCAACUCUAUUCUCAGUUCUGCCCUGCUACAUAUGCAAAGGUGAAGAAGGACUCCUGAAGAUCAGCCAGGGCCUGCGGUAUGACCUGUGGACCUUUGGCUGCAGGGAAGUUCUCCAACCUGAAGGACACUCAGUGCCUUUCACCUUCCACAGAGCAGGUAUUCCGUGUGACAGCUCAGUGAUUUUGUACCAUUUCCAGUAUCUGCCUCAGACCCUACGUGCUUCAGAUGAACCAGAACCUUAUUUUGGACUCUUUUGCACUUCAGUAGCUCUUGGUGCUGCAGAGAAAGGUGAAUUUGUUCAUCAGUGCCUAUCAGUUGCUGGUCUAUUGCUGUUAUCUCAUUGUUCCUCUUGUGUAUUAUACCUCAAAAGCCUCUCUGUAGUUUCAACAGCUGUAGGAACCCUUGGCUUGUUCUCUGUAAUGUUUCUAAGUAUGUAAAUAAAUGCCAGGCUGUGCUAUAGGA